GGUUUUGUUACUGUCGUUGUUGACUGAGCUGUCACCGGCUGCAGUUGUCUGUGGUGGCUCUUUUUUAGAAUGGAUGAGACCAGCCCAUUGGUGUCUCCGGUUAGGGACCAUAGUGAUUACACCACGCAGUCACCCAGCUCCCCGGUGUCACCCGCUCAGCUCAGCCCCGCUGCCCGUCUCGCUGCGGUACCUGGAGUAGUAGUGAGGAUCCCGGCCUCUUCUCAGUGUGGGUCUUCCCCUCCGGGGUCUCCUGGGGACAGAGAGAGGCAGCCCUUACUGGACCGUUCCCAACAGCGGGCAUCAGCCGCCCUGGCUCAGCAAAGGAAUGAUUUCCCCGAUGACCCGGAGUUUGGUGAGACGGUUAAAAAGGCGGAGAUGGCCAUAGAACGGGGGAACUUCCCGGAGAGGAUCUAUCAGGGCUCUAGCGGCAGCUAUUUUGUGAAGGAUGAGCCGGGGCAGGAAAUCAUUGCUGUUUUCAAGCCUAAAACGGAAGAACCGUAUGGACAACUUAACCCUAAAUGGACAAAGUGGUUACAGAAACUAUGUUGUCCAUGUUGUUUUGGAAGAGACUGUCUUGUUCUUAAUCAGGGAUACCUCUCGGAAGCUGGAGCCAGUUUAGUAGACCAAAAAUUAGAACUGAACAUUGUUCCCCGUACAAAGGUUGUAUAUCUUUCUAGUGAAACAUUUAACUAUAGCGCCAUUGACAGGGUAAAAUCAAGAGGAAAGCGCCUAGCUUUGGAGAAAGUGCCAAAAGUAGGACAGAGAUUUAAUCGGAUUGGAUUGCCUCCUAAGGUUGGCUCCUUCCAGCUGUUUGUUAAAGGCUAUAAAGAUGCUGACUUCUGGUUACGGAGAUUUGAGGCAGAACCUCUUCCUGAGAACACCAACCGGCAGCUUCAGUUGCAGUUUGAGAGAUUAGUGGUUUUAGAUUACAUCAUCAGAAACACAGAUAGGGGUAACGACAACUGGCUUAUCAAGUAUGACUAUCCAAUGGACAGCUCAGCUUCCCGGGAUUCUGACUGGGUAUUAGUAAGAGAACCAAUUAUUAAGAUUGCUGCAAUCGAUAAUGGUUUGGCUUUUCCUUUAAAACAUCCAGACUCAUGGAGAGCAUAUCCAUUUUAUUGGGCAUGGUUAUCUCAAGCAAAAGUUCCCUUUUCCCAAGAAAUCAAAGAACUCAUCCUUCCGAAAAUCUCAGAUCCUAAUUUUAUCAAAGAUUUGGAGGAAGAUUUAUAUGAAUUAUUUAAGAAGGAUCCUGGUUUUGACAGAGGUCAGUUUCACAAGCAGAUUGCAGUUAUGAGAGGUCAAACCCUAAACUUGGCUCAGGCUCUUAAAGAUGGGAAGAGCCCACUGCAGCUUGUCCAAAUGCCUCCUGUUAUUGUAGAAACUGCAAGGUCACAUCAGAAAAGCUCAAGUGAGUCCUAUACACAGAGUUUCCAGAGCAGAAAGCCGUUCUUUUCCUGGUGGUAGUGAACCGCACACAGGAGAUCUGACAGUUUUAAUGACAAGAUGUCAUUGCUCAGCUGUAGAAGGAACACGCUGGACGUUGGCAAAAUGAGAACAACUCUUCAGACUUGGCAUACUGACACUGACAAGAUUGCCUUAUGAGGACUGUUUAAGUUGUUUAUUUACUGUUAAGGAAUGUAUUCCCAGGUGCGCAGUUUAACCCUCUGCAAGCUCACUGCAAAUUUAUUACCAUUCCAAGUGCAUGCAAGUGGCAAAGUCUGCUUCUGUAAUGGAAUGUACCACUGCCUAAUCCCCAAAUAUCUAUCUUGUUCUCUUCCAGAAAACUGAAUAACUGCAUCCACAACUGUCAAACAACCUUAUGUCUACAGAACACUGUUAGAUAAAAUGUAAAACCUAACUUAGAAAAGCCUAGUCAUGCACUCUAGUAAAAAUAGCUAGACUUACCAGAGUGGUAAUUAAUGUGCAUGUACUAGAUAUUUCACUAUAUUAAUCUUACUAUCACUUUAUCUCCAUAUAUUUAUAAGUUGCAUGCACUCUGUAAGUGCAUGUCCGUUUUUAAACACGGUGAAACCAGCUUUGUGAUGCAGACAGUGUUUUUCACCAUGUGAACUAAUCACCCUUGCUUGAAUCCCAAAGUAAUGGUAAAAAACCCUCAGUGAGGGUUUAAUUUAUAUUUUUUAAGGGAUGAAUAUGGACAUUUUGCUUUCUCGUUAAUCUGGUAUGCAGCUACUUUAUUAUCCUUCUUAAUGUAUUGACAAUGAGGAUGUGGUAGGACAAUACAUUAAAGCCAAAUUUUAGGCCUGUUUAGAUUAAACCUUAAAAAGUUGGAGUCUAUAGUAAUUCAAACGUUGCUUUCUGCAUUUGUUUAAUAGUCAUGUUGGCUAUUUAAAUGAAGGUUUAUGAAGAGGUUCCAGAUGUGUGCUGUGCUGCCUAUGCUAAGAGCUGUUAAUGCCAGUCGUUUUGCAUUGCUUGCCACAGGUAUCAUUCAGUUCUCUAGAGCAAAACAAAGAACUGACUAUUAAUACUAAGAAUAUGCACUUAAGAUGUAUACACUGCAGUGUGACCGUCUGCCUUUACAGAUUCAUGCAUGGUACUCUUGUCCUAUAACUUGGUCCCUGCAUUUCUGUCUGUUAACCCCUUGGUUGCCAUAGAGGGCUGCGGGGCAAUGCGUUGAUAAUCCUUUAUAGGAUGCUCCGUAGCUGUUAUUGUGAACAAAGGUUAACUUUAUAGUCGGAUCACUGGUACUGUAAUUCCACUCCUGCCAGUAAAAAAGAAUCACCCUGCUACUUUCUGACCCUGCAGGAUUUGCAACUACUUGUACUGCAAAGUAUUGCUGUACGCAGCGGCUGCUAACAGGGUAAUAAAGUUAUGUUUUACAA